UGACUGAACUGAACUCGAAAUUGGAUUUGUGUUCGCUGGCUAAGAAUAACGUUCACCAUGAACGAUUACUGCAGCGAAGAGCUGCAAGCUAAGGCGAUUGUCCGGGUCGUGGUCGCACAGCUUUCUUCAGGAAAGUCUCGAAAACAUCCAGUUUUACUCGAAUUUUGAGCUUACUCGAAUCAAAGCAUCUUUAUUCUCCCGAUGCUGUUCACCAAGAAUACCGCCGCCACCCGGUGAAACAAUGGGGCAGACGCAAAGCGAUGUGGACGAACAGGUGGAAAUGUCUCAGAUUCAAGAGCUGUACAAGAAAUUUGCGAGCGAAUGCCCCAGUGGAAAUUUGCAUUUGCACGAAUUCAAAAAAAUCUUUGGAGUCACUAGCGAGUCGUCAGCAGAGGAAUGUGCAUAUAUGGAAAACUUGUUCCGUUCAUUUGACGCUAAUAAGGACAAUACUAUAGACUUCCUGGAAUAUGUGGCAGCAGUGCACCUUGUUCUACGGGGGAAACUUGAAGAUAAGCUGAAGUGGACGUUCAAGGUCUACGACAGAGAUGGGAAUGGACGUCUUGACAAACGCGAAGUGAGAAAUAUUAUCAGGAUUAUUUGCGAAAUUAAGAAGCAAAAUGGUGAAGCUGAAAGUGAACCUCUCUCACCUGACCAAAUAUGCAACAGAAUAUUCGAUCACCUUGAUGUAAAUAAAGACGGUCAGAUUUCACUCGAGGAGUUUUUGGAGGGAGCGCAGAAGGAUUCAUGGGUUUUAGAUCACCUUACACUGGAUUUGAAACCGUGUGAGUGGUUUAUAGAAAUGCAAAAAAAGAACUGUAAAAAAAAACAGCCCUGAAGAAAACUUGGAAAGCAAGGCAAAGCAAUAGACGUGUUAACCUCAGUAAAUGAACUUACAGCUCUUCAAUUUCACUUUGUGAAGACAGUAUAAUUUCAAGGCUGGCCAGAAGACAACACUAUCAACACUUUUUAACAAAUGGAAAAUAAAUCUUGGCCAUGAACACAGAAAAAGUCUGAGGGAAAAACUAUAUAAAUGUUUUUACACAAAGCCAUGAAGUAAGGAAGAGAGGAAUCCAUCCCAACGGUGUUGUUUUGAUUCUUGGACACAAGCGAUCUGGCUUAUGUUUGCAGAAGACCAGGAAUCCCUGCUCUGUAACCAGCUAACUCGAAACGUUUCCGGAACACUCGAGGAAGAUUCCAAUUUGGUUGCGACGUACCAUUAUGAUGGCAAUGUUCCCCAAGCCCCUCAAAUUAAUUUCUUGCUUGCAUAACAUAACUGAAAACUGAACUGUUCUAUGGAUAUUGCUGUGAAGGAAACUGGCAAAAGUUAAUGUGAGCCAUCCUGGAUAGGACCAUGUGUUAAGAUAUUGUGUACUAAAAUAGCCCUCAUCCUCAAUGAGGGCACACAAUUGGGUAACGUUACAUUACACUUAUUUAGCAGACGCUCUUAUCCAGAGUGACUUACACAACCUUUUACAUAGCAUUUUACAUUGUAUCCAUUUUAUACAGCUGGAUAUAUACUGAAGCAGUGCAGGUUAAGUACCUUGCUCAAGGGUCCAACGGCAGUGUCCUACCCAGGAAUCAAACCUAUGACUUUUCGGUUACAAGCCGAAACAUAGUUCCUGCAAGCAUAGUUCCUUACCCACUAUGCUACACUGCCCUCAUAACAUUUAUAACCAUAUGUUGAUAUAUACUUCAGAUUAUAAUGUCUAAUGGGAGGGUUAAAUGCCUGUCUGUCUUUAUGUAACAAAGAGAAUCAUUGUCUUGUAAGUGCUGAAAACAUGCUUCAAUCCACCUGUGCUUACUGGCCAUACAUGUUCCAAAUUCUUUCUUCAAUGUGUAGUUCUGUCCUACAACACGGAGGUCAAUAGAGACUUUCUGAAACCACUUGUCAAGCAGACAACUUGCAGUACCUAAAUCAUCUCAAUCAGUAAUUCAUUCUCCACAGGGAUGUCCAGCCUUACCAAAGAAGGACUGGUGUAUUGUUCCAGCUUUAGAAUUCAACUAAUGAACUAACUGUGGUCUUCAGUUAAGACCUAUAAAAUUUGAAUCACAUGAUUUAACGCUGAGUUGAACUUUCUGUUUAGACUGGGCAUUUCUGGUUUCGAGACUGGAACCAAUGAGCUCUUCAGUUUGUCCUUAAUUGUAUAAUUGGUGGUGUCUUUCAUCGACCGUUCGCCACUGAUUACUUCAGUUAGAGUGCCUACAGGGGUGCCUUUAAGAUAAGAACUGAAGAACGGGUCAUGUUCCAGAAAAGGUAAUGGCCUUUUGGCUACAAAUAUGGCAGACCUUGAAGUAUUAAUGAAAAGACAACUUGCAAACUAAUUUGAAUGCCUAUAUAGCAGUUAACAUAACAUAACAUAACAUAAUGUAAGACGAGAACAGGCCACUCAGCCCAACACUGCUCGUCUAUUUCUACCACUAAACUGCACUUAAUGCUUAGUUUACCUAAAAGCUAGAUAGUAUCUAACACUGUAUCAAGCUGGGCCUUGAAUACCCCCGGUGUUUCUGCUUCCGCUAUGUGUCCAGGCAAGCUAUUCCAUACAUUGACCACUCUGUAUGUGGGUUUGUUUGCAAUUACAUCUGUCCUUUAGCAUGAAAGGUCAUUACAUUACAUCACAGGCAUUUGGCAGACGCUCUUAUCCAGAGCGACGUACAACAAAGUGUAUAACCAUAACCAGGAACAAGUAUGUCGAAAACCCUAGAGAGAAGUACCGUUCCAAGUGCAGGGAACAACCGCAUAGUUCAACUUGGACCCUGAAGGUUAAGCUGAUUAACACUAACACAAAGGAGAACAGCAACAACACAGUCUAUUUAAAAAUACAAGCAGUAGUUAAGACAAUUGCAUUAACUAAGUCACCUGCGAAACAGCUACCUAGUUACAACCCUAAGCUUAGUCAAUUAAGAGAUUACAGGGAGGUAGGGAGGGAUGGGGAGAGAUGCAGCCUGAAGAGGUGAGUCUUCAGUCGUCGUUUGAAGUGGGUCAGUGUCUCAGCUGUUCUGACCUCCACGGGGAGGUCAUUCCACCAUCGUGGGGCCAGAACAGACAGGAGACGUGUUCGGGAAGGGCAGGUGUGAAGAGGGGGAGGUGCCAGGCGUCCUGAGGUAGCGGAACGGAGGGGUCUGGCUGGCAUGUAGGGUUUGAAGAUCUUGUGGAGGUAUGCUGGGGCUGAUCCCUUGACUACCUGGUAUGCUAGGACCAAUGUUUUAAAUUUGAUGCAAGCUAUAACAGGCAGCCAGUGGAGGGUAGUGAGCAGGGGAGUGACGUGGGAGUGUCUGGGGAGGUUGAAGACCAGACGAGCUGCAGCAUUCUGAAUGAGUUGCAGGGGUCUGAUGGCAGAUGCCGGUAGUCCAGCCAGAAGAGAGUUAAUCAGAGGUCAAUCAGCUAGUUCUCACAUUUAUCUGUAAUUUCAAACUAGUUAAUUACAACUUGAUACAACUUGGUGUGGUUAUGGACUGAACAAUGUUGGCUGCUAUAAAAUAAAUCAUUUAAAUGUA